UAAGUUUAUUGCCUAAUGUUUACACCUAUCGCUGAGGAUCAGCUCAAAGUUGUUAAUGCCACACAUACACAGGAACUCCUGCUCCAGUAAAAGUUAAGUGACAUCAUCUUGACCAGAAUUGAUCGGAGGCAGAAACGAUCGAGGGCAUUUUCAUACGUGAUCUACAGCUCUAAAUUAACAUUUCUCUAAGCACACAAAUUAAUCGAGCUAAACAAACUUACAUAACCAACUAACGCAGAACCUCACCCAACUAAAACGUUAGUUUUUAUGAAGCAGGUAUUUCAGACAUUUAUGCAAAAAUUCUCAUGACAGGUCAGCUAAGAUCGUUAUUGCAGACUGCUGUAAAUUAACGAUUCACCAUACAGAACCGUAAAAUUGUUUUUGUCCGCCAAGGAUGAUUUCAGUCAAUCUGUAAUUAUGCAGAGCAAUUGCUACAUGACUUAUCAUUAAAAAUUUAAAGCAUGUUUUGCUUUGCGCGUGAUGUUCUUUCAAAAUACGAAAUUACGAACACUUGAAUUUUAAAGAGAGUGAUAAGCGAUAUUGGAGCUUAAACUUUUGUUCUUUUGUUGGAGUCUGCAAUGAAUAAGGAAGGGAAAUGUUCGAAAUUUUCAUAAAAUAGACUGCUUACAAUUCAUUUCACUUUUUCUAAAGUUCUCCUUACGUCAUGCCUUUAGAUCAUAAAUGGUGGCUUAAGAUAAACACGUAAAUAGUGGUGAAUUAAACAAAAACUCUUUUUUACAGUAUAUUAAGCACAUGAAUUGCGCGGUUUUUGUCCAAUAUGUAAAAAUUUGCGCCUGAAGUCGGCCGAUAUAAGCCUCGCCACAGGGGGUACUUUAAAGCUAUUUUGAGCUGCGGUGCUUGCCAUAAAGAACUGUUAUUCAUCCAGAGAAAAUAUUAUAGAAAUUACAGCGCCACAGAGAGUUAAAAGGAGGCCAGAGGAAAGAAAUUAAGAUGGCGCGUGGCACAGUUUUGAAACCGUGGUAUCAGUCGAAAACAUUAACGAUUUUGGUAGUGCUUUGGGCGCUUUUCACCGCUUGUCUUGGAAUUAUGAUUGUGGUAAUCUUUGUACAGCCUCACUGGAUCAGCGGAAAAAUCAGUCCCAAUGAUAAGAGCGUGAAUUUUGGCCUGUACCGUAACUGCAGCGACAACCUCAAUGAAUGCACCGGCAGCUUAAACGAUUUCGCAAAAAUUUACUCAACAGCUUGGCAAGCGUGCACGGUUUUUGUCGCGUUGGCUUUUACCUCCACGUUUAUCUCAGUGGCAAUGAUGUUGUUGUACUGGUUAUGUUGCUUCGAGUCUUCGCGCAUCGGUUUUCGCACAAGUAGUGGAUUACAAGCCUCAGCGGGCUUCUGUAUGUUACUCACUUGUCUAAUACAUCCCGUUGGAUGGGAUAGUGCCGAAGUUCGGGCGGUCUGCGGCCCUGACGCUGGUGUGUACAAAAUUGGGGACUGCAAAGUAAACUGGGCCUACUGGAUAGCUGUUAUCUGUAUGGCGGAUGCAUUUGUGCUUAGCUACCUCUCCCUCAUGUUCAUCGAGCGGGAGAUUAGAACCCCGAACGUGACAGAUAGGAAACGAUCAAAUGGAACAAGCGCAGACGACUACUCCCACGACAGGAGAAUGGCAUCUCAUGGGUAUUAUAAUCAGGACACGACAACGCUGUAACAUGGGAAAAUGCGAUAAGCACAGCCUAAAUAACGAAAAAAUUGGUGUCAUAGUUUUUUUUUUGGUCAAUUAGUGUGAGUAGUGUUUGACGCAGCAAAAAGUUUUGUUGAAGAGCAGACUGAGAUAUAAUGUAACG